AAUGUGCAAAUUGUACGUGCCGUGUAAAAUUAUGUGAAUUUCAGUUUUAAAAGCAAUAGAACAGUCUCGAACAUGUUGGUCGAGGCUUGCAGUGCCAUUCUUUAUGGAGCUGUGUUCCUCAGCCUAAUCCUUAUCGACUUCAUCCUCGGCCAUGGGUUCGUGGACAUGUUUCAGAAAAUCUUCUGUAAGAUCACGUGCUUCGUCAAGAGGACUGUUAAAGAAGAGGCCAAGAAUGUGACCGUGUUGCCAGAGAAUCCUAUAAGUUUGCCCGUGCUUUUCAUGGAGAUUUUGGUCCUGAGUCUCACGAUUGCUGUAUGUUUGUUCCUAAACAAGUACAAGCAAUUCCGAAGCAAGGAUCGAAUCGAUGAUCUCCUUCAUGAAAGCAAAGAAGCCUUGAGACAGACCAACGAGUUUCUUGAGAAGUGGAGACUACGACGGGUUCCCACCGAAUAUUCCUACUUAGAUGAGGAGCCGCAGGAGAUCAAACCACUCAGAUUAGAAGUGCCUAUUCUCCACAUGGCUAUUAUAGACGCUAUGAUGAAUAGUCAACACUCUGUAAGGAGAAGAUCUUGCAUUGGAGACGCAUUGACUCUAGGCACGACAAGAAGUCAGCCAGAAAGGGGAGACGCAGGAGACACAGUCAACAUCACAGACUCAACGCUUCUCUCAGUCACCUCACUUCUCGAUGAAGAUUUGGAAUCGAUUCCAGAACAACGACUUAGUGAAGAGAAAAUUGUUGAAGAGACUAAAAACAUCGAGUUUAGGAAUCGAACGCUUUGGGAUGUAAUGGAAGAAGACAGUAACACUUUGGAAGAUUAACCCUUUGACUUCAGAAAUAUGCAAUCAUAGUUUGUUUGAUUUGUCAAAUAGUAAGUUUUUUUAUUAAAGUGUGUU